CGUUUCUUCCACAGACUUCAUCCAGGCAGCCUGUUUAGAAAGCAAGUGGUAGGUGAUAAGGGAGGCAGAGGGAAGGAAGCGAGAGGAGAAAGCCGGCCAGCAGAAGGAGAAGCAAGGAUGGCCAGCGAAUUCAAGAAGAAAAUGUUCUGGAGGGCGGUGGUGGCCGAGUUCCUGGCCAUGAUCCUCUUCAUCUUCAUCAGCAUCGGCUCAGCCCUGGGCUUCAACUUCCCCAUCUCUGCCAACAAGACCACGACGCCCACCCAAGACAACGUGAAGGUGUCUCUGGCAUUUGGGCUCUCCAUUGCCACCAUGGCCCAAAGUAUAGGCCACGUCAGCGGCGCCCACCUGAACCCGGCUGUCACCCUGGGCCUUCUCCUCAGCUGCCAGAUCAGCAUCUUCCGGGCUAUCAUGUACAUUAUCGCCCAGUGUCUGGGGGCCAUCGUAGCCACAGCUAUUCUUUCGGGGGUCACCUCGUCUCUGGAUGGCAACUCACUCGGGCUCAACGCGCUGGCACCUGGGGUCAAUGCAGGGCAAGGCCUGGGCAUUGAAAUCAUCGCCACAUUGCAGCUGGUCCUGUGCGUGCUCGCCACAACUGACCGGAGGAGGACCGACGUCUCUGGAUCAGCUCCCUUGGCCAUUGGUCUGUCGGUGGCAUUGGGGCAUCUUCUCGCUAUUGACUACACCGGUUGUGGAAUUAACCCAGCCAGAUCUUUUGGUUCGGCUGUGAUUACUGGUAUCUUUACUAAUCACUGGAUCUUUUGGGUUGGCCCAAUCAUUGGGGGAGCCGGCGCUGCCCUCAUCUAUGACUUUAUCCUGGCUCCCAGAUCCAGCGACGUCACUGACCGCAUGAAAGUCUGGACCAGUGGGCAGGUGGAAGAAUAUGAUCUCGAUGCAGAUGACUCAAGAGUGGAGAUGAAGCCAAAAUAAAGGAAAGUUGAGGGAAGAAGAAAAGCAAAGGGGAAAAAAAACACCCUACCCGAAUUUUUGGAGAUUUUUAUCAGUAUUAUAGACUCUUUAUAAAACAACAAGCAGUUCUUCCAAACGGUUUUAUAAGGCUUUAGAGUUCUCGCUCUCUCUCUUUUCUCUUCUACUUUCCGGCCUUGUUUUAUCUGUGGCUUCACAGUGAGAAAAAUAUAGGGUUAAAAUUAUAUUUUUUGGUGUAUGUGAGCUCAGGAGAUCUGCAGUAAUGGUUUUGAAAGCCCAAAUUUACAUUUCUCUGUCCAAAGAGGUUAACUUCUCCCAAUAUAUGUUGAUAGAUGUCAGUGAAGUCCACGUCUGGCCAAUGCAUAGUCAGAAAUGGAUGCGGAAGAGAAGUUGCCUAUAAGAGAUGUCACUGAAGAGGGAAGAGUGAUUUCAGGCCCACGUUCUGGAACAGAAAAAUUAUGAGGAAGGGCAAAUGCAGUGAAAGGAAUGGUUGGUUUCUACCUUCCCAGGUGCCGUGGUGUUCUUUAGAAAGUGAUACAGGAGCCAGAGAUAUAUUUUAGCAUAGAAAUUAACCCUACGCUAGGGGCUAGAUUCCAUAAUAAAGUCAGUGCCAUCUAGUUGUGGCGCACAUGACUUUUGGCAUAGUAUUCGCAAAUAUGACUGUGUAAUAUAUAUGGAAAUUCGAGGAGAGAAGAGGGAAGAAUGCCUUUGUUUCUUACAGUUGGAAAUGAUGUCUCGUAUCCUUUCCAAUGUAGCUGGGUGAUUUUUUUCCUACCUUAUUAGACAGGGCAUUAGAAAGGAUUGUUGGUGGCUAGUAAAAUUAGUUUAGGGGCUUAAUCUGGCCCAUAAACCACCAGUUGAUCAUUCUUUCAAAGGGGCUUCCACAGACAAGACGGGAAAGAACCACUACAAGCCUUCAAACAAAGAUUCUCAUUGGGUUUCCCACAUCAUGUAGUCCCAACGCAGGCAUCAUAAGAAAGCAAAUCUUGCCCAGCUCCAGUUACCUAUAGGUUGACCAGGCUGACGUACCAUAAUUUUGUCUAAAAAUCUUAUUGGUGGAAUGCGCUGUUAAACACUUCACAGCUCAUAAGCCAAGCUUUAUUUUUGUGUAUCAAUUAACGUUCAUCUUCACAAUGUACCACAAAUAUUCAAAAGUGCCAAACACCAGGCAUGUUUACAUUUAAUGUAUAAUUUCUGUAUUUAUUUUGGUGUACCCAUUACAUAAAGAGUGGGAAUGGAAGAAGAAAGAAAGAAACGAUUGUCUCAUAAAUUAUGUAGCUAACCAUCGAAUCAAAGAUCUGAGAUGAAAAUGAAAUUUCGCACGUAUUUUAAAUUCA